UCACCCUCGUGCAGCCGCCGCCGAGAAGUAGCCUUGCAUCCGCCGCCGUCUUCGCAGGACUUGGGUGGCCGCGGCCGCUCCUCGCCAUGGAGCCCGUGUCGUCGCCGUUCAGCCAUCGCCGGAGCAGAGACGCGCGAGGGAGAUGGACGCCGCCAGGAGCGUCGCGUCACCGCCGCUGCCUGUGCCGCCGUCGUCAUCGCCGGACUUCUUGGGCGCCGCCAUUAGAAAGGGUUCUGGUCGUCGUUAAUGGAGUUAGUCGGGACUGUUCCAAGGCUUUACCGCUCAUCCCGAUCCUGCUCUGUUUUGGUUAAUGCUGUUGCUUUUGUUCUGGCCGCCGAAAAACCUCGCUGCCACCACCUCUGCAGCGGAAACAGCCGCCGAGUCUUCUAUGAUGGAGUUUACCGCGAGUUGCUGUCGCUCUGGUCACCGGCUGUGACGUUGGUGUUACCGGAACCGCCACCGGUGCAGCCGCUACUUGGUUCCCUCGAGUACGGUAAGCGUUUUGUUUGGAAGAGUCCUUUAAUCGCUGCUUUAUUAUCAUACGCUAACGUUUUGCGGCAUUAAUUGCUAUAAGAUUGAGUUUCGGUUGUUGUAUGUUGCGAUUAGUGCUGCUAUGGUUAUUGCGAAC